AUGGACGAGAAGCCGGAGCAGAAGAAUGCUCGAGGAGUAAAAGACGUAGCUAGCGAGAAGAUGACAACACCAAUAUCAAUUGAAGACGUUCGUAGAGAGGUCAAAAUCCUCAAAGCCUUGUCCAACCAUAAUAAUCUUGUCAAAUUUUAUGAUGCAUGUGAGGAUGCACUUAACGUCUACGUAAUCAUGGAAUUAUGUGAAGGUGGAGAAUUAUUAGAAAGAAUUUUAUCCAGAGGUGGAAGGUACUUAGAGGAGGAUGCAAAAGCUAUAGUUAUUCAAAUAGUGAGUGUAAUUGCCUUUUGUCAUCUUCAAGGUGUUGUGCAUCGUGAUUUAAAUCCAGAGAAUUUUCUUUUCACCACCAGAGAUGAAAAUGCUCAGAUGAAGUUGAUUGAUUUUGGCCUUUCCAAUUUUGUUAAACCAGCGCUAUCCAAAGCCCUAAUAGAGGAUCAACUGUUUUAUCUAAGAUCACAGUUUAAGCUGCUAGCACCAAACGGAGAAGGUCACAUAUCGUUCGACAACUUUCGAAUGGGCCUAUUGCAAAAUGCAACCGAGGCAAUGAAGGAGGGUAAGGUUAUUGAUAUCUUAAAUGUGUUGGAGCCACUCUCGUACAGAAAGAUGGACUUUGAAGAAUUCUGUGCUGCUACAAUCAGUCCCCAUCACCUCGAGGCCUUGGAUGGGUGGGAACAAAUGACAAGUACGGCUUUUGAGCACUUCGAGCUAGAGGGGAAACGAGCCAUCACCGUUAAGGAGCUAGCUCAGCGGCGAUCUCUCCAGCAAACUCGUGCCCUCUCCUCCCGUUCACCGCGAUCCGCAACCGACGACUCAGGUAUGCUCCUCUCCUCUCUCUCUGUUCGUUUUCACACGGCCGGUGGCCGCUGCGGCCUGCUCACGGCCAGCGGGCCGCCGCUGGCGACUUCUCGCGGCAAGCCAGCUGCCGCAAGCGGGUCCUUGCGGCAGCCCAGCCGCCGCAUUCCCUUGUCUACGGCAUGCCCAGCUGCCGCAUUCCCUUGUCUACGGCAUGCCGGCCACCGCAGGCAAGCCGUAGCAGGCCGGCCGACGCAAGCCGUCCACGCAGGCGCCUGCUUGCUACCUAAUCGCGGCCAGCCGCGGGGGCUUGCUCGCGACCCCCGUAGUGUCCUGCUGGUGGCUGGUCGCUUUAAGCACCUGCUCACGGUUGGUCGCAGGGGGUAG